AUGACGUACCGCUUGAACCCUCGAACUGGAUUCAACUCGGUGGCCCGGAUCUCGGCCAUCCAUGCCGAAGUAGAGAGCGGUGCCACCGCCGAGGACGCGGAAAAGGCCGAGCAGUAUGCUCUUACAUUCUUCAACCGCCAGAAGGCCCUCCUUAACGUCAACGUUGUCGAGCAGAGCCUCUCCUGCAGCGGAGCCUGUGCGACGCUCGGCGUCGACCCGGCGAACCCAAUGGUCCCCAACGGCCCUGACGGGCACCGUCUCCGCAAGCUCAAGCCCCAUCAAGUACUCGAUGUCGCCUGGCUCAAGGCUAUGGAAGCUGAGGACACUAAUGGCUGUAUCCUGGCGAACGAGGCCGGCACAGGCCAGACCCUUAUCGCGCUGGCAUACCUCGUGGACGGCGGCAACUGCCGGGCCUCUAUGGCAGCGGGGCCAUGGAGGCCCAGCCUCGUCUAA